AAGAUUGCAAACCAUACAGCUGUUCGUGCUAAAAAUAAUUCACGUAGCAAGCCUAAGUAGCCUAAUUUGCCAUCUUUGUAGUGCCCAGCUUGGUUGGGGCCAUAGCAUAUCGAACCAAUGAGCUAACAGCAGUAAUAAAGCUAGCGAGUGAUAGGACAAGGGGGAGGAAUCGUCGUCGCACUACAGUAGCCUGGCUCGUCCUCCUACUGUAGAACUCGAGUGCAGUGUGCCGUGGGUAAGCUGGCUAGCUGAGUUAGCGCAUGUUUUAAAUAAUGAAAAAUAAUACGGAGGGUUGACAAUAUCUGGCAAGAUGGGAGAAGCUGUAGCUAAUGUUGCCAGGAGGAUUAAUGCGACUGUGGAGGAAGGAAAAGACACACUGGAUCUUUCUAGCUGCAAACUAAUUAGUUUCCCAGAAGGAGUCUUCAAAGUCCUAAGGAGUGUGACAGAGAAUAUUCAUGUAAUCUCACUGGCAGACAAUGAAAUGAAAGCAAUAUCUAACAAAUUUUUUACUACCUUCACACAAUUAAGAGAAUUAAACUUGGAAGGAAAUGCCAUCAGCAAGAUACCAGAUGCAGCAGGAGAACUGCAACAUUUGAAAAGUAUCAAUUUGGCCAGAAACAAAUUUUCCACUUUUCCAGAGAGACUUGCUGAUAUACACACUCUUGAAAAUAUCAAUUUGGAAGCAAAUGAGAUCACUGAAAUACCGGUGGAGAAACUCUCAGCAAUGCCAGCUCUAAUCUCCAUUAAUAUGAACUCCAAUCCUGUGGACAAAGAUGUCUUGGCUUCCAUUCAGUCCUCUAUUAAAUUUGAACUUUUAACAACCAAGUAAAUCCAAACUUGCCUUCUGGCUCAAAUUAUGCAAGUUGUGUGUAUUGUACAAAUUUGAAACUUUAUUUUCAGUUUUAAUUAAAUAUUAUUUAUUUUAUUGCGUAGUCUCAUGCAUUUUUAAAAUAUUCAAUUAUUCUCAUGCAGCUCUUUGCAGCAGUAGUAAGAGACCGGUGGAUGCAUGUGAUCUAUUUUGAAAAUGGUAUGAAAUAAAAUUUGAGAACAUAUUGCAAA